CCAACGCUGAUAUCCCCCCCACCGUUCCUCCGCGUCAACCCCGAACCUCUGACGCAUCAGGCCUUCGCCCCCUUUGGCACGGUCAUAUCGACUCCAUUCCCCCGAGAUCUCACCAGUGCCCCCAAUAACCUCCCCUCCCUAGAGCUUCCUCACCCGGUCCCCGCAACCCCCGUCCACGCGAACCAAGGCUCAGCCGUCAAAAUCAGCCCCAUCACGCCGCUCGCCAAUGGCUACGAGAACGCCUGCCCCAGUGGGCAAGCCGCACAAGCUCGAUUGAGCAUGUUUGCUUGCUUCCCACGCAAACCGCGCCGCGUGUCCAGCCAGGACCAUCCCAAGGGCCAUGUCUUUGAUGUGCGGAUCCUCGAGCGUCACCCCUUCACAACUCAGACGUUCAUCCCAUUAGAUCUGUCGAGCCAAAAACGCGUGAUCCGCGAUAGAGAACCAGAUAAAAAAAGCCACGAGUGGCAGGGGUACGGGGAAGGGGAUGUGGAUAUUCUUCUUGAUGGGGUAGCGCAGCAGGAAGAGGAGCAGGAAGAACCGCUUUAUCUGGUCAUUGUAGCGCCGACGUUGAAAGGACAGGCUGCUGCGGCGACGACGCCGGGGGAGAAUGAUGCGCAAACUCGAGUAUUGGUACGUAAUCCGCCGGAUCUAGAGAAUCUGAGGGCUUUUGUUGCUCGUGGUGGACAGGCCGUUACGUAUGGAGCUGGUACGUGGCAUGCACCAAUGGUGGUGCUCGGUUCGAGACGGGUUGAUUUUGUUGUCGCGCAGUAUGUUAAUGGUGUCGAUGAUGAGGACUGCCAAGAAGCUGCGUUUACGGAUGGGAUAAUAAUUGAUCUGAAGAGUCUGAGUGAAGAGGAGGAUGACUUGUUAGAUGACAUAAAAAAGUUGUCUAAAUUGUAA